AUGAAUUGUGUUCAGAUCUGUUUGAUGUUGGCCACGAGUUGUUUGGUGCUGGUUUCGGCCAACACGGGAUCAUACAACUACGCAUAUGGCGUGAACGAUCCGAUCACCGGGGACCUGAAGGAUCACCGCGAGACCAAAGUCUGCAAUGAACAGGUAUAUGACGAAAACGUGUUGCGCACAGCUCAAAUCAGCCGUGAACAAUUAAUUCCGGUCGCCAAGAACUUCGUAUCCGAACCAAUCAUCUCAACGGUGUCUUCAGCACCGAUCGUAAACACCGAAUAUGUAUCCGUAACUCAGUCGCCGAUAUUGCGCACCGCCGACUUCGAAUCUUCCCGAAUUUUGGCCGCCGCUCCGAUGUUGGAAACGAGAAUCGCGGCCGAACCACUGUUGUACGCUCCUCGUCCUGUGGAGUACGCGCCUCUUCCCAAGUUCGCCGCCCCGGUCACAGUUACCGCCGCUCCGAUGUUGGAAACGAGAAUCGCGGCCGAACCACUGGUGUACGCUCCUCUUCCUAAGUUCGCACCACUGCCGAAGUAUGCUCCACGUCCCGAGUAUUACGCCGUCAGCCCCGCACCUCUAGUCGCGCCCAAGCUCCAGACUCCGAUCGUACAGUACCAAGCAGCUCCGAUCAAAAUCAUCAAGUCCGCCAAAUCGUACGGCCGCCAGUCCACGUCAUUCUCACACAGAUCGUUCGUCAAUCACCCACCGACUCCCGUUCAAAUCGCCGCUCCCGUCGCACCUCAGUACUACGCGGCCGCUCUUGCAGCACCAGAACACUACGCACCCGCCCCCAAGGCACAAGAGUAUUACGCGCCCGCCCUGACCGCACCGGAAUACUAUUUGGCCGCCCCGAAAGCGCAGGAAUACAACUCAGCCACUAUCGCUGCCGCCGCCGCGUGGCAAACCCGUCUGGAUACCGCCCAAGCGCAGAUCGCCCACCCGUUGCAGCAGGCCACCCGGGCCCUGUACGUGGCGGCAGCAGCGCCGUACGUGUACCGAAGUUCGUCGGGUCCCGCGACUUCGUACCAGUACGCCAACCACUGGAACAACCGCGAUCAAUCGGCCGCCGGUCUUCAAUCGCGCUACUCCGUGGCCAGUCCGCAACAAUAUUCGGCCGGAUACCAGCCCCAGUACGAUUCCGCAUCACAGUCACAGAGCUCGGGCCAAUAUGACGCCGCUCAGGAACAACCGUGCGAAAAAUAA